AUGAAACUAAAACACCUUAUUGAUAAGCUUAAGCUGGAGCGAAAGAAGGCUCAUCAAAAUUUGCAAAAACAAAAGAAAGAAAAUGAGGAGCUCCGGAAGAAGAUCACUGAAUUGGAGGAGCGCAAGGACCAAAGUCAGGAUCAGGAUACGGCGGUUUCAGACAGGGAUGAGUCUAAGGAGGCGGAAGAAGAGAUGGCUGUAAUUCAAGAAAAGUUAAAGGAGAAAGAAGAAGAGCUGGACAAUGUUGUAGCUCUAAACAAUACACUUAUUGCAAAAGAGCGUGGAAGCAACAAUGAGUUACAGGAUGCCCGUGCAGAGUUAAUCAAUGGAUGGCCAUCAGAAUGUUCUGCUUUUAUUGGUGUCAAGAGAAUGGGAGGGAUUGACGUCAAGCCAUUUCGGACUGCAUGCAAGAGAAAGUAUCCUGCAGAAGUAGCAGACGACAUGGCAGUAGCACAAUGUUCUCUAUGGGAGUUUAAUGUUACAGAUUCAAGCUGGCAUCCAUUCAAAGCUAGCACAGAUUCCUUCGGACACCCUAAGGAAAUUAUUGAUGAUGAAGAUAACAGAUUGAAAAAGUUAAAGGAGGAGUUCGGUGCUGAAGUACAUCUAGCUGUCUCAACUGCUUUGUUGGAACUGAACGAGUAUAACCCCAGUGGUAGGUAUCAAGUUGGGGAACUAUGGAACUUUAGACAAGAUAGGAGGGCAUCUCUGAAAGAGGGGAUAUCGUAUGCCCUCAAGCAGUUGAAACAACAAAAGAAAAGAAGAACCAAAUGA